AUGCUCUCCACGUCCCUCGUCAUCCUUGGCCUGACACCCACCCUGCUGUCCAACCUAGGUCCCACCAUCGCCGAGUCCUCCACGCUCUCAUCGCAGCGCCCGUUGCUCUCGUGGCUGCUCUCCUUCGGCGCCCCUGCCGUCAUGAUGUGCCGCAUCUGGACCUACGAUGACCCCUAUAACACCAUCGCCUCGCGACGGAACAGCUCCAAGCUUCUCGACCAUUUUGCCAUCGGCCGCACGCGCAGGUAUAGAUGGCUCAUUAACAUCGUCGAGUACGUCUUCGCAUUGGCCGCUAUUGCGAACAUCAUCCAUGUCAGCCUAGAUCUGGAAUUCCGCUCCGUAUCGACCUGGUAUUGUGAGAGCUGGUGGUUCCCUCUAACCUGGGUGCUGAUACUCGGCCUCAUCCACGCCAUUGGCACCAUUUCCUUCUGGAUGACGCCCAAGACGGUCGGAUGUGCUGAUGAAGCUGAGGGACUAGACGGCCUCGCGUCCAAAGCACCGAGAAUCAUCACUACCCAGGCCCCCAACCUCCUGGACUCUGAUUCUGAACUCAGUGGCCUGGGCCAUGUCAUGUACGGGACGCUUGUUUUUUCGAGCUUGAUGUUCUUGAUGGUCGAGGAUGCAGUGCCCGUGAUCAUUCGGUACGCUGCGUCGGCGGUGAUGUGUCGCUUCAUUAUCCAGUACGAAGAGUAUCGAGUGAAGCUAGACUCUCCCGGGGGUCCAGAACGACAAUCGCUUGAGGCGAAGGAGGUCAGCCAUGCGGCUGAGCGAGAGCCUCUGGCUAAUGGGAGAUCUACAGUAUAG